AUGGAAGGCGACAAGCACCACUUCGUCCUGAUCCACGGCGUCUGUCACGGCGCGUGGUCCUGGUACAGGGUGGCCACCGCCCUGGAGGCCGCCGGCCACCGCGUCACCGCGCUGGACAUGGCCGGGUGCGGCGCCAGCCCCGGGCGCGGCGAGGAGGUGGCGUCCUUCGAGGAGUACAGCCGGGCGCUGCUGGACGCAGUGGCGGCGCUGGCGGAGGGCGAGAAGGCGGUCCUCGUCGCCCACAGCUUUGGCGGGCAGAGCCUCGCGCUGGCCAUGGAGAGGUACCCGGAAAAAGUAUCCGUGGCCGUGUUCGUCACGGCCACCAUGCCCGCCGCAGGGAAGCCCAUGACGUACGCGUUCAAACAGCUAUUGCAAGGGAAAGGGCCAGAUUUCUUCAUGGAUUCCACGCUCGGAAGCACCGGUGAUCCCCGGAAUCCGGAUAAGACGUUUCUGUUCGGACCAAAGUACAUGGCGCGGAGAGUGUAUCAGCUGAGCCCUCCUGAGGUAUGUUACUCAUUUGUUCCUCAAUUUCUCCUUAUACUUCCUUCCUCUGAUGUAUGGUGCAAUAUAAUACGUAUAAUGCAGGAUCUGACCCUGGGAAUUGCGAUGGUGAGGCCGUCACGGCGGUUCCUAAAUGACGACACCAUGAACGGGGACGUCCUGACGUCGGCGAGGUACGGAGCGGUGAGGCGUGUGUACGUCGUGGCCGAGGACGACGAGUGGAAGCCGCCGGGGAUGCAGCGGCUCAUGGCCUCGUGGAACCCCGGCACUGAAGUCAUGGGAUUGCAGGGAGCUGAUCACAUGCCCAUGUUCUCAAAGUCGAGGGAGCUCUCAGAAUUACUCAUGGUGAUUGCCAACAAGUACCCAAGAAGCUGA